AUGGCUCUCCAAGGCCCGGAGGAGCUGCUGGAGGACCCGGAGGACUUGGACGAGGACGCCAGCAUCUCCCCGGCGGAGGAGAUGACUCUGACCGCGGGCCCUGGAGCGGAGGACGAGCCGCAGGAGGCCGCCGUGCUGCUGCCCUGGGACCGCUUCUCCGCCUGGCUCCACUGCAUCUGCGUGGUGGGCUUCGACCUGGAGCUGGGACAGGCCGUGGAGGUGAUUUACCCUCAUCACUCCAAACUAUCAGAGAAGGAGAAAACAAGCAUCUGCUACCUGUCGUUUCCUGACUCAAACUCAGGUUGCCUCGGCGACACACAGUUCUGCUUCCGCUUCCGUCAGGGCUCCAACAGGAAGUCCUCUUUGGGAUGCUUCCUGGAGAACGCGGACCGCGACGCACCGCCGUGUCUCAAGAGGGAGCAGGGCCACUACUAUGGAUAUGUUUACUUCAGGCAGGUGCGAGACAAGACGCUGAAGAGGGGAUACUUCCAAAAGUCGUUGGUGCUGAUCAGUAAACUCCCAUACGUUACCUUCUUCCACUCUCUGCUGAAGAUCUUGGCCCCAGAGUACUUUGAGAAGCAGGAGCCCUGUCUGGAAGCCGCAUGUAAUGACAUCGACCGUUGGCCCACGCCGCACCCGGGACGAGUUGGUCCAUGUAAUGACAUCGACCGUUGGCCCACGCCGCACCCGGGACGAGUUCUCACCCUCCCCAUCAUGGGAGUGGUCAUUAAGGUUCGAAUCCCAACUUGUUACGACAAACCAGGGACCUCUCAACUCGUCCAGUCUUCUCAGAGCGACAGUUCUGUAUCAAUGGUUCUCCCGACCAUUCACGAGGUGGACUUGUUCAGAUGUUUCUACCCCGUGUUCUUCCACAUCCAGAUGCUGUGGGAGCUGGUCCUUCUGGGGGAGGCUCUGGUGGUGAUGGCCCCGUCUCCGGCCGAGUCCUCGGACACGGUGUUGGCUCUGGUCAGCUGCAUCUCUCCUCUCAGAUACAGCAGCGACUUCAGGCCGUACUUCACCAUCCACGACAGCGAGUUCAAGGAGUACACCACCAGGACCCAAGCGCCGCCGUCUGUGAUUCUCGGAGUCACAAAUCCAUUUUUUGCUAAAACUCUGCAGCACUGGCCUCACAUCAUCAGGAUUGGAGACAUGAAACAAGCAGGGGAAAUGGCCAAACAAAUGAAAGUGAAGAAACUGAAGAAUCUCAAAACUCUGGACUCAAAGCCUGGAGUUUACACGGCAUAUAAACCAUACCUCAACAAGGACGAAGAAAUCAUCAAACAACUUCAGAAAGGCGUGAACCAGAAGCGUCCGUCAGCGGCUCAGAACGCCAUCCUCAGACGAUACUUCCUGGAGCUGACCCAGAGCUUCAUCAUUCCCCUGGAGCGGUACGUGGCGUCGCUGAUGCCGCUGCAGAAGUCCAUCAGCCCCUGGAAGAGUCCGCCGCAGCUGCGGCCCUUCAUCCAGCAGGACUUCAUGAAGACUCUGGAGAAAGCCGGGCCCCAGCUCACCUCCAGGACCAAGGGAGACUGGAUCGGCCUGUACAGACAUUUUCUCAAGUCUCCAAACUUUGACGGCUGGUUCAGGAGCCGGAGGAGAGAGAUGAUGCAGAAACUGGAGGCUCUUCACCUGGAAGCGCUGUGCGAGGAGGACCUACAACAGAGGAUUGAGAAGCACACGGAGGUGGAGGCUGUGGACCUGGUUUUAAAACUCAAAGAGAAACUGACUCAGGCGGAGAAGGAGCAGCUUCCGGUCCGACCAGGAACCGUGUCCAAACUGCGGUCCCACAUCGACGCCGUGAUCCUGGCUUUACCCGAGGACCUCCAGGGCAUUCUGCACAAACCGGACACGCCUUGA